AUGCGAGUUCCACAAGCACUUCUCCUGUUCACCAGUGCCUUCUUGUUUGUUAACGCCGGGAGUGUGAGAUACACGGAUUGUGGCUCCAGCGUUUCAGUCUACUCGGUCGCCGUGGAACCGUGCUAUGGAACACCGUGUUCGCUGACCAGGGGAAGCACAGCCACCACGCAGAUCACUUUCCAGGCAGGCCGGUCUGCAGGAUCUGGUGGUACGGUCGAGGUGUCUGGUAUCGUUGGAGGUUCAGUUGUCCCUGUCGAUUUGGACUCGCCGCAGAUAUGCGGACACGUCCAGCCGAGUUGUCCUCUUCAAUCAGGACAAUGGUACACAUAUACGAAGCCCAUGUUCAUUGGUCAGUCCUAUCCUGAAAUACGACUGAAUGUCCGCUGGGUGCUAAGAAACUCACAGGGCGGACAAAUGGUAUGUGUGGAGAUCCCGAUUCAACUUGUUUAA